GUCUGAGGGAGUACGCAUACACACAGACACACACAGACACACACAGACACAGACACAGACACACACACAGACACAGACACACACACAGACACACGCGCGCGCGCACACUCGGCACACGUACAGGCACACAGGCAGGCACACAGGCAGAGCAGCAUGGCGACAGUUGCACGAGGGCUGGGCAGGGCCGUGGCAGUCUGCGGUGCUGCAGCUAUUAACAGCAGUGCACGCAACGGAGGAGGGCUUGCACACAAGGCCACAGCUGCGGCCACGACCACGGCAGUGACGCGCAGGGGUGUGCAUGUAGACAGGCGCUUGCAUGCACCUUCCCUGGUGCCCAUUGUCAUUGAACAAACCCAUCGGGGCGAGCGAGCCUACGACAUCUUCUCCAGGCUGCUUCGCGAGCGCAUUGUGUGCCUCAUGGGACCGGUGAACGACGAGCUGUCCAGCCUCAUCACGGCGCAGCUCCUUUAUCUGGAAAGUGAGAACCCAGAGGAGACCAUCCACAUGUACAUCAACAGCCCCGGCGGGUCCGUCACCGCAGGUCUUGGUAUCUACGAUACCAUGCAGUACGUGAAGCCGAAGAUUGCCACCCUCUGCGUCGGGCAGGCAUGCAGCAUGGGCUCACUUCUACUCACCGCUGGCGCGAAAGGCCAUCGGUAUGCCCUUCCACACUCCCGUAUCAUGGUUCACCAGCCAAGCGGCGGCGCAUACGGCCAAGCAACUGAUAUCCAGAUCCAAGCGGAGGAGAUUCUGAAGCUGAAGAACACAAUCUGCGACAUUUACGUGCAGCACACGGGCCAACCACACUCCGUCAUCUACGACUCGCUGGAGCGCGACAAGUUUCUGUCGGCGGGAGAGGCGAGCGAGUUUGGACUGAUUGACGAAGUUGUGGCCACGCGCAAGGCUGCUGUUGAUCCCCCGAGGCGCAAGCACGCAAAGGCGAAGAGAGACACGUGAACCACUGGUGCUGGUGGUGGGUGGCGAUGAUGGUGAUUACGAUGCUGCACUGUGGUGGCGGUGGUUGUAGGUACAUGCGUCACGCUGUCAUGGGUUGUUCGUUGGCUGCUGGCUGGUUUGUGCAACCUUAUCAACUCGACAACGGGGGUGUGCACUUUGUUGUUCUCUCUCUCUCUCUCUUGUGUGUGUGUGUGUGUGUGUGUGUGUGUGUGUGUGUGUGUGUGUGUG